AUGUUUCCCUUCCAAACUGAAAUCGCAGCGGUCCUCGCUGGAAGCGCACUGGCCAGCGCAAGUCGCUUGUACUUCAAGGAAAAUGGUGCCGAAGGGAAGAUUAGACUGCCAGAAGGCUAUGAACAAGACGAGCGCGACCCAUUCGACGUGACUGCACCAGAGGACUUGAUAGACGGCCAUCCUAUCGAGGAGCAAAUUUUCUGGAAUCGCAUGAGGCGACGGAAAGCCGGUAUCGCCCUCCUUCUGGCCCUGGCCGCGGCGGUUAAUGCAAUCGCACUAGGGUACGCAAUCUCGAACGACGCCCGACCAGAAUCAUUAGUCGCGAUUCUUCAACUGGCCUUCACGCUCUAUAUUCUGGUCCUGUCGACAAAGGCUUCAUUCACGGAUGAAGUCGCAGCUCACUGCGAACUGGUUCUUCACCUUGCAGUGCUGUCCUCUGUGUCUACCCUCUUGCUACUCACAGCGGCCAUUCUGCCGGAUUCCCUGGCAUCCCACAGUGACAUCGGUUCCCAAGGCCUGUGGUACGGUGUCAUCGCCUUAUACUCCGCUGUCUGCGUCGUCGCCGUCACUACCCCUACCGGUCCCCCUUUAAAUUAUCCAUCAGAAGUCGUUUACUCGGAUAAAGUUGUCCAGUCCAUUACGAACCCAGACCCAGAGAACGUUUGUGGAGUCACAGGAUCGUCAUUAUGGGAUACCCUCAUGUUCUCAUACGUGACCAAGGUCGUCUGGCUAGGACACACGGCUUCAAGCGUUGAAAUCGGAGAUUUGCCCCUCCUACCGGCCUAUUUCCGUGCAGUUUUGAACUACUCGCUGAUGAGAAAGGCGACGCGAACCACCAAGCUCAAAGUUCUCAACUGGAAACCUCGCCUGGGCUCGGGUUGGGAUUUGUGGUACAGGUUGAUGCAUCUCAACCGCUACCUUCUAUCCUUGGAGGUGGUUCUGGGCGUAGUUACAGCCGCCUCUUUUUACGUUCAAGCGUUCUUCAUACGAUUUCUGAUCUCCUACCUGGAGGUUGACCCUGGCCGUGAGGACCGCGGGUGGGGCUGGGUGUACAUUUUUGGAAUUAUCGCUACGAACGCUAUCGGAUACUUGAUUGCAGGCCAGUUGUGGUUCUUAUCCGCAACGACGAUUCCAGUUCGAUUCCGAGUCCAGCUCAAUAGCAUUCUCUACGCCAAAACCCUGGUCCGCAAAGAUGUUGCCUCUACUGCUCCAUCUGCAGGUUCAAAGGACGCAAACCCGGACGGACAAGGCAGUGAAGAGAAAGAACAGUCAGCCUCAGAAUUCGCUAGCAAGGGACAAAUCAUGACCCUGAUGACAACGGACGUUGAUAAAAUUGCCGACUUCCCCUGGUGGUUUAGCACACUCAUAGUUCACCCAGUCGAGAUCGUCAUAGGAACUUACCUCUUGUACGAUUUACUCGGCGUGUCGUGUUUCUAUGGCCUUGCCCUCAUCUGCCUGUUCCUCCCGUUGAAUCAUCUGGCGGUCAAGACGUUUGUAGGCAUUCAAGAGAAUCUAAUGAAAGCCCGAGAUGAGCGUGUCUCCUUGAUGAACGAGAUCUUGGGGGCUAUUCGCAUGCUCAAAUUCAUGGCUUGGGAAAGGAGUUUCGAAAAGCGAGUGAUGGGUAUCCGGGAGAAAGAGUUGAAGUAUCAGAAGCGUCACUAUAGGAUACAGACUCUCUGGAUUGCCGUCUGGAACCUGACACCGAUUCUGGUGGUUCUGGUCACCUUUUGGCACUUCGCGAUCGUUCGACAACAACCACUUACGCCGUCAGUGGCAUUUACCUCUAUCAUUGUUUUCUCGCAGAUGAAGUUCGCCUUCAACGCGUUACCAGAAACAUUUGUCAAUUUGCUACAGUGCUUGGUUUCACUCCGUCGAAUUGAGAAAUACAUGAAUGGCGCCGAAGUCAGCCCGGUCUUACCACUGGAAGAACAGGGAACGAAGAUAGCAUUCCAAUCUUGCACAGUGACCUGGCCCCAAGGACGAUCUCAGUCUCAAGACGGCUCGAACGCAAGCACUGCGUCAUCGACCCCGACCACACCAUCCAAGAAGUUUGUUCUUGUCGAUCUCACCCUUGACUUCCCUCGCGGAGAAUUGUCUUUGAUCUGCGGAAAGCUUGGAUCUGGGAAGUCUCUUCUUCUCCUUUCUCUCCUUGGAGAGGCGGACAUCCUGAGUGGACAGAUACUGUGCCCUCGGUCGCCGCCUGAUUCGAUCGCAUCGAGUGCCAACGCGGGAUUGAGAGGGGAGUGGGUCGUUGAAGGACUCUGUGCUUAUGUUCCCCAGGCUGCGUGGUUGCGCAACGCAUCUAUCAAAGAGAACAUCCUGUUCGGUCUGCCAUACAACGAAAAGCGAUACCAGGAAACUCUCGAGGCAUGUGCACUUGUGAAUGAUUUGGAAAUUUUGGAAGAUGGCGACGAAUCGGAAAUCGGAGAACGAGGGGUGAACCUUUCUGGUGGACAAAAGGCAAGAGUGUCCCUCGCUCGUGCUGUCUAUUCGCGAGCCUCGAUACUCUUCCUGGACGAUGUUUUGUCGGCGGUCGACGCCCACACUGCCCAUCACCUCUAUCACCAAUGUCUUCGAGGCGAGCUCAUGCAAGGCAGAACCGUCAUCCUCGUCUCCCAUCAUGUCCACCUCUGCUCGAGCGACGCGGCCUACAUCGUGGCACUUGACAAUGGUCGAGUGGUAUUCGACGGCGACCGCGAUUCAUUCAACAGGUCAGGUCUUAUCAAGACACUUGGCCAGACCACCCAUGGCGGGGAGAAGGACGAUCUUGAGGAAAAGAAACUACUGGUGGACAUUGAGGAGAAGGUCCUGGGCCAUGGGGAAGGCGUUCAGCAGGAAUCCAAUUCGACUGCUGAAUCGACGCAUGGUUCUGAUGGUCAGAAGAAAGAGAAGAAACCUCCUCGAAAACUUAUUGAAGACGAGGUCAGGGCGGUUGGUCGUAUCAAGAAGGAUGUUUGGGCAAUGUUCUUCCAAGCAUGCGGCAGUCCCUGGUUCUGGUCCCUUUUCGUCCUGGUUUUCGUUUUGGCCGCUGUGAGCGUUGUAGUGGAGAACAACUGGCUCAGGUAUUGGUCUGCUUCCGCCCUGGAGAAUACAGGCGGAAGUCCUAUUUUCUAUAUCGGAAUCUACACUGCGAUCAACUUCGUCGGUCUCAUCGUCGGUACCGGCCGUUGGCUCGUCCUCUACGAUGGGUCAAUCCGUGCGUCGACUGUGCUCUACAAGAAGUUGCUUGAAACCGUUCUCUUUGCCAAUAUCCGCUUCCACGACACUGUUUCUCGCGGUCGCCUUCUGAACCGCUUCGGAAAAGACUUCGAGGGCAUUGACAGUCAACUUGCUGGGAACCUCGGAUACACCACGAUUAUGGGUCUCUCAGCUCUAACCUCUGUAAUCACCGUAAGCGUCGUCGGUGGCCCUGUGUUUAUAGCAGCCAUUGCGGUUCUCGGUGUUCUCUAUUGGAAUGCGGCGAAAAUCUAUGGACAAACCUCGCGGGAUAUGAGGCGACUCGAUUCUGUAUCCCGCUCGCCACUCUAUUCGAUAUACGGGGAAACUAUCUCUGGUGUCCCUGUGCUGAGAGCCUUUGGAGCAUCUACGAAGCUACUAAGAGAGAUGCUUCGAUGUGUUGAUACAAACUCGAAUCCCUUCUACUGGAUGUGGGCGGUGAAUCGUUGGUUGUCGAUCCGGUUCAACCUCAUUUCCACAGCCAUGGUUGGAGCGACCGGACUGGCGUGCCUUGUGAACCCAAGCAUCAACGCUUCAUUGGCGGGCUUUGCGUUGGCGUUCGCCACCACGAUCACCAACGACCUCUUGUUUGUGGUUCGUCGAUUUGUCGCCCUUGAGCAAUCUAUGGUUGCUCUUGAGCGAGUCAAAGAAUAUUCGGAACUGAAGCGUGAACCCGCCGAGUUUAUUGAACCCAGACCACCGGCGUCUUGGCCUUCUCAAGGUGAAAUCCAAGUUGAAGAACUCACCAUUCGUUAUGCUCCUGAUCUUCCCGACGUGCUGCACAAUCUAUCCUUCACUAUUAAACCUGGAGAAAAGGUCGGAAUCCUUGGGCGAACCGGAUCCGGCAAGAGCACCUUGGCUCUAUCCUUCUUCCGCUUUGUGGAGCCCACCAAAGGGCGCAUCUUGGUCGAUGGGCGUGACCUUUCCAAGGUCGGGCUCACCGACGUUCGCAGUCGCAUUACGAUCAUACCUCAGGACCCGAUCAUCCUAAGUGGCACAUUGCGCUCAACCCUUGACGUUUUCGAUGAAUAUGAGGAUGCAGAAAUCUACGAAGCUCUACGCCGCGUUCAUCUCCUGCCCUCUAGCGAUAACGCUGAGCUUCCUGACACCAUCAACGUAAAUGUGUUCAAAGAUCUCGAUUCACCUGUAUCCGAGGGCGGCGAGAACUUCUCAACUGGUGAGAAGCAGUUGUUGUGCAUGGCCCGCGCAAUCCUCAAACGCUCGAAGAUUCUUGUCAUGGAUGAGGCAACCGCAAGCGUCGACUAUGCAACAGACGAAUUAAUCGGAAAAACAAUCCGUCAAGAAUUCGCAGAGAGCACGGUCCUCACCAUUGCCCACCGGUUGCGGACGGUGAUCGACUACGACAGGGUUAUGCUCCUCGACCAAGGCAGAAUACUCGAGUUCGAUCGACCUGCAACCUUACUCAAUGAUCCUAACUCAAAGUUCUUCGCCCUGUCUAAGGCCACAGGGAAAGACGAGUUUGCUAUUCUCCAGAAGAUGGCUUCAGAGACUCGGUGA